AUGGUGCCGGUCAACUCCCCGCCUACUCUGCGCUCAGCUCGCCGAAAGAGAUCGAUCGCCACAUCGCCGAUCGCUUUCCCGUCGACCCAGCCACCCAAUAGCAAGAAACCGAGGAGCUGGGAGAAGCCCUCCGCUACGCUCGUCUCCUUCCAACAGUUCCAACAGAUGCCCACUGAUGUGUGGCUGUUGGUGAUGAACCUCUUCAGCCCGGUCGACCUCAUCAACCUGGCCCAUUCGCACUCCUUCUUCAAGGGGCAUAUCACCCGCUCGCCGAAACGUUGGGGCACGGUGAAGGAGGUAACGGCUAACUAUCGCUACUCGGCCGUAGAGAUCGACGCCAAGGUGUACAUGAUCACGACAUGCGCGGGGAGUUGGGACUGCGCGACCAGCUACAUUCUGGCUUACGGCAACGAGUACGAGUACGAGAAGGCACAUGACCAAUACGAUUUCAUCACCGGGGCCUACGAGGGCCGCUGCCAGCACAUCCGGCCGAAGGCUGAUCGCGACGGGCCGUCGAAGGAAGAUUUGUAUACAUUGAUCAACAACGCCACCUUUGACGAGUACGGGUUCGGCCCCGGCUGGAAGCUGCCGGCCCCCGAGGAGUACCCGGAGGUCCCGAAGUUCCGCACUCACAUGGCCUUGCUUGACAUCAACGGUCCGAAGGAGAACAUUUGCAAAGAGAUCGCUCCUUUUGAUCCCAGCUCCAUUGCUGUCCACGUCGAUCCCCGCGGGACUCCCGGCGAGCUGCGCACCGUCGUCCUCAACGUCACCACGGCGUUUCCGGACCUUAAAUUUCUCUGGGUACACGUCGGCCGUGAGAUUGGCGAGUUGUCGAUGCUGCUCGAGGUCAAGGCGCCGUCCAUCGUGGCCCUCUGCUGGGUGAACGAGAAGAAAGUUGAUGAUGACGGGAUGCGUAACUGGUUCCUUCCGGACGUGCCGAUCCCGGCCCUCGCCGCGGAGCUGGUCAGCACCCUGGAGCCAACACUUUCCACCUUGAUCCAGCAAUGGGAGCGCGGCGAACGUGAAAUCGGCUACAUCACCAUCUACUCGCACAAUGUCAAGGGCUACGGGAUGGUGGACUGGGAUAAGAUGACCCCAGAGGUGGCCAAGCUCCCCGGGAAGCUCGCAGAGGGAAAGACCGACACCCACAAUCUGUUCAACAACCCGCGUCUUUGCUUGAUCCGCCGUUUCAAAGGGAGCAAUGAGGGCCUUCUGAUCGCCGUCACCAAGGGCAUUCUCUUGCUCUCCACGUGCGACUACAGCUUCCGCAGGGACGCAACCGGGCAUGACUGCCUGCGCUACUUGUCCGGCGCCAAUUGUGCUCAAAUGGAAAGCCUCCCACCGCGCCGGAAGUACUACCGUGAUGAAAAACUCAAAUUGCACGUACAGUCACCCCUCAGCGAGAUGGAGCGCCUCGCCCACAAGCGCCACUUUGACGCAUGCGUCAGGGAGUUUCACGACCAGAUGCCGUACCGCUCGAUCCCGAAGCACGAGCUGGCCCUCCACUAUUUCUUGGCCACAUCGGAGUCGGAUCGGACUCGUUUUCUGUUGGCUCCCGAAUUCGGCCGGCAGCUUGUGCAGUAUGGAAUGGACCCCGUGAUGGAAUACUACUGGAAGCAUCACUACGACAAUUACCUC